GGGCAGUAUGUUAUCAAAAUUGUUACAUAAUACAACGUAGUAAAGAAAAAGUAAAUUGUAUUGAGUGUAUAAAUGCUGCAAAAUAAUUUGUAAAACAAUUUUUUUCGAAAUGAUUACUGAAUCAUGGAGUUAAUUUCUUCACCAAAUCCUCAUUUUAUCCCGGGCUAUACUGGCUUUUGUCCACAAUAUAAGUACCGUUUAGGAGACACUUACGGUACUACUACACACAAGGUUUUACUAGAUCCAACAGUGCACCAUGCCGAGAGACUUGUUUUAUCCGACAGAACGGCAGAUGAUUAUCAAACCUACCGACCUGCAACGAGAGAUAUCGAUAUUGUGAACGAAAGACAUGGAGAUACGAUUUAUAAGCAUCCUAUGGUACCUGGAUAUGAAGGUUUCGUACCGCGAGAACAUGGCAAAUUUGGCCAGAGGUUUACAGUUCAAGCAGUCGAGGCCCUUUCGGAUUUCGAAAAAGCGCAAAUGGCUAAACGAGAAGCUAUCAAUCAAAUAACGAAGAUAGGGUACUUGCAGGAUAAUCGAUGGGAUCCAAAAACUUUAGCAGAAAAAGAGUUAGCUCAAAGCCAAUUUAAGCUUCCUCUGUUGGAAGUAAGACCGGAAUGCGGUGGACUCUUAAGAAAUUUGCCUGUAACGGAGCCCCCUAUUACACCUCCAAGACAGUCUCAAAGUCCGUAUUUUACAGAUUCGGAUGAUCCAGAAAAGUAUCUAAAAGCAGGUUUUACCGGCCACGUACCAUUUGGCUAUGCAUCAUUCGGCAAAACGAAUACUGCUAUGACGAACAGCGCCCUCUGUGAUUUCACAUCCAACUAUAGAAAAAGAUUAAGCAACGAAUGGGCACCGGUCCAAAUCGAUAGGCCAAAUCCUCCAGUACUAAUUCAACCCACUGAAAUUUACCAUAAGCAUAUUGGGCAAAUACCGAACUAUGGAGGGCAUAUACCAGGAGCUAUUUUCAGGUAUGGAAAAACUUAUGGAAAUGAUUCACGUGAUGCUAAAAGGUGGCUAAGGGGCGACUUUUCUACGUAAAUAUGUGAUUGCGAUUUUUUUUAACAAAAUUUUAUUAUAUCAAGUCUUCCACGAAUCAAUUGUUAAAGAAAAUAAAUGUAGUAA